UGGCUGGUGCGCGGGUGGGCAGCUGAGGCAGCCCCGGGACCGUGUGCGUAGCCCCGGCCGGGGCCGCUGAGCUCCCAUACGGCUUUUUUUUUUUAAUUUUAUUUUUAUUUUGGCUUUAUUUUUAGGCACCGGGAGCGGCUGAGGCCACACAGCCGCCGAAAUGAGCGAGCCUCGUUGUGCUCAGCAGCUGAGCUCUGCUGCCUGCUCUGCGGCUGCGGUUCCCUCAGCGAAGGCUUUGAGGUUCUCCGACUCGUGUUAGGCGAUGCAUUCCUGCACCAUUCGCAUCGAAUGGGGAGGCUUGACGCGGAAAAAAAAGCAAAAAAACCCACCAAACAAUAGGCUUAAAACCUUUGCAGCCCUUCCUCCCCUCAGCGCUCCCCUUCCUUCCCCUCGCCGUUCCCUCACGGACCGCGCUCUCCGCGCCCACCCCGCCGCUUUCUCCACAGCCUAAACUGAAACAAAACGCAAAGCCCUCGAAGCCGGGACCAGCAAGGAGGGCUCAGCACCCGUCCCUGCGGGGCUCGGAGCCCGAUGGUGCCCGGCAGGACGGCGAGGGGCCGAGCCGCCGCCUCAUGGCGGUUGGCGAAGCCGCCCUCAGGGCGCAGGCGCCGGGAGGGGGGCGGUUGAGGGGCGGUUGGCGGCGGCUCCUCGGGCGGCCGGGCAGGGUUGGAGCUGCCCGGGGGGAGCCUUCGGUCCCCUCAGCGCUAGGGUGGGCUGAAGGGGCGGCGGGGACCCUCCUGGACCGAGCCCGGGGGUUCCUCGACCCGUCUCCGUCCCUCCACCUUGGGGCUCUCCCCGGCUCUCCUCAGCCGGAGCCCGUCUCUCGGCAUCCCCCGGGGGUCCCGGAGCGGGGGCUGCUGUGAGGGGGCUGCGGGCGAGCAGGCAGCCCGGAGCCCCCCCGGGUGCUGGCAGGUGAAAUCCCUCCCGUAAGCAGCGGUGUCUGGAGCUGGGGGUGCUCGGAGCUGGAGCCUUGAGUCUUCGUGGUACUGGAGUUACAGAAUCUGUAUUACGUUUAUGUAUUGCUAUUAUUGCUUUUUUUUUAUGGCUGUAAUUGAUAAUUUUUACGGGUUUUACGGUUUAGCGUUUGAAAAAUGUGUUGGUAACUGGUUAGGCGCGCUGUAGGCAUGUCAGGAUCAGGAUUGGCCCCAGAGGAGCCUCGGACCUCCAGUCCUCCCAGCACAGCCAGUGCUCCGCAGCCUGCUCCGGCUGCUGGCGGACCUGGAGGCCCAAGCGACGUUGCCUUCAGUGAGCAAAACCUUAGCUUCACCACCACAGAACUCAGCCUGGUGGAGAUGACGGAAAUAGAGUACACCCAGCUCCAGCACAUACUUUACUCACACGCGGAGGAGGGACAAGCUGCUGAAGGUGAAGUAGAAGCCAGGGUCAGUUCUGCUUUCUUAGCUGGCAGCUCCGCAGAGCCCCCUCUGCCCCAGGCCUCGGCGAACCCCAGUCAGGAUGGGUGUUCCUCAAACAGCUCUGGGAGCCAGGCGGUUUUCCCGGUUAUCUGCCAGUCAGCAUUACCUCCCGACGGCAAUUUGCUAAGUUCAAGCCCAUGUGUGGGCCACGUUGACUUCCAGGAGCUCAGAAUGAUGUUACUCAGUGAGUCCAACCCCCCUGCGAACCAAGCAGAUAAAACGCCCAAGGGUAGUAGCUCUGUAGAAGUCGCAGGACACAGUUUAGUAAAGGUUAAACAUGGUGACAGUUCUGUUGGGACAAAUAAAGAAAACAUUCCUGUCGAAAAUUCGGCACUGCCAUCAGAGUCUAGAUCUAAAUCUGCAGUCAGAGUUCGAUUGGAAGACAGAUUCAACAGCAUCCAGACAGAAAACCCCAGAUGCCAAGAACCCCAAGAAUCUGGAGUAACUCUUAACAAUUUAGUAACAUUGAUUCAACAGUCAACAGAACUGAUAGGUGUUCCUCUUCAUCAGCAUCAAAACAAGUGUGCUACAUUGGUGAACAAUAAGACCGUACCUACCACACCUUCUUUACAGUUCACAUAUCCAUUGCUUACGAUGAACACGUGUUCUGCUUCUGGGAGUGCUAAUCCUUCACAAGUACAGACCUCUGGAACAUCUUGCACUAUCUUGGAAGCUGCCAAACAUCAGGACCUUGGGAUACCCAGAACGUUUUCUUUCUGUUACCAUCAGGAAAUUGAAUCCGCAAAGCAGACAGUAGGUGCUAUGAAUAACGCUUUGCCUGAGGAAGUUUGGAUUAAAGUUGAAGAAGACACAUUAUGCAAGCAAGCAAUAAGCAAAAGAAGUUGCAGCCGAGUAAGCCCGUUGGAAGCAAACGUAGAUCGCAAACCUCUUAGUGACAUUCAAAAUAUGUGUGAUAGCCAGAGCACUGUGCCUGCACAGGGCUCCUGGCAGUCAGCACAGUCCAAUCCAAGCGUGCAGGUGCAGAGUGGUACACAGGAAGGAGUUGCUCAGCGAAGAGAAAGACAUAACCGCAUGGAGAGAGACAGAAGGCGCAGAAUCCGGAUUUGCUGUGAUGAACUGAAUCUGCUGGUUCCAUUCUGUACUGCUGAUACUGAUAAAGCAACAACAUUACAAUGGACAACGGCAUUUCUCAAGUACAUUCAGGAAAAGCACGGCGAUUCGCUGAAACAGGAAUUUGAGACUGUGUUCUGUGGUAAAACAGGCAGGAGACUAAAAAUAGCAAGUUCAGACUCGUUUGUAACGUGUCCACUGCAGGAAAACAUGCAUGGCUAUGAAGACCAAGUAGCUUGAACUGACUGCCUUGAACUGUAUGGAAAGCGUGGAUAAAUAAGUGACCCCCUUCCCCUUUUUUUUUUCCUGUUUACAUGCUGGGAUUCAUCUGAUUGUGAUGAAUUUGAUAUGCUCCAGGAGUGACUUUCAAAAUAUAACUUGUAAAAAUGCAUAAAUAGAGCUUAACAGAAAACAGUCUUCAUUCAAAAUGGAAAUGAAAAUUGACUGCCAGCAAUAUAAAUCAGUGUUCUGUUAAAGGGGCUUUGGGACUAGAGGCAAUAAGAAAUUGUCGUGAUGCCUUAUUUUUCUCUUUUUGCUCUUUUUCUGUUUGUGGUUGUGCUCUUCUUCCUUUAUUUUUUUUAAGGUGAUACAGUACAGUUAGGACUUGUAGAACAUCAGCCUAUUCUGUUAUUUUAAUGACUAGAGGCAAAUGUAUUCUUUAAAUGUAAAAAGGAAUUAAAGGUACCAUAUUAAAUGCUCUUUUUUUUUUUUGAUUAAAAGUUUAAAGGUUAUGUUGGUUAAUCGAGUAAGUGCAUAGUUACAACUGUGCUGCUAUUAUGGGGUUUAUGUUUGCCAUGCAUAAUUUAACAUUCAUCACUCCAAAGAGUAAUGUAAAGCUAUUACUAUUGUUUUUAUAGUGGUGCAUUACUUUAAUGCCUCUCACACAACUGCCCAGCAGUUUCUUGUACUGGUAAGUCCAAAAAUGGCACAUUGUGCAUUUAAUAAUCUGUUGGUUACAAACUAUUUUAGUAUUUAAAGAUUAAUAUGUCUCUAUUGUUCAUAAGCUUCAGCAUUUAGGGCAGAGAUAGACUAUUGUGUGAGCUGAAAGUGGCUUUAUUAAUUUUGGUGAUAAUAGAUGAUGCCAGCAGGUUUUAAAGUACAAAAAGAUCUCAAAAUAAAUACUAUUUUAAAUCACGGAUAUUGACAAUUUUGCAGCAAUUUAUUUCCAAACAGUCCUAGUAAAACCAGUUUUGGAAUGUAGAGUUCAUCUGAGCAUUUGAUGUGUAUAACGACACUUAUAACAGCACAAAGAAAAGGUUAAAAAAAAA